AUGCUCCUUUGUUUGCCUCGGAACUUUUCAAUUGAUUCCUUCAUAACAACUCUUGUUAAACUUCCGAGCUUGAAAGUCCUCACAUUGGUUUCUCUUGGCUUAUGGGGCCCCUUGCCUGGUAAAAUCGUACGCUUGUCAUCACUGGAAAUACUUAAUCUGACUUCAAAUUUCCUGUAUGGCGCCAUCCCUCUGGAGCUUUCAUCUCUAACAACCCUCCAGACGCUUAUUCUUGAUGAUAACAUGUUUUCUGGACCACUUCCGGAUUGGCUAAGUUCACUUCCAGUUUCUGGCUGUUUUGAGUUUGAAGAAGAAUUUGUUCAAUUCAUCUUUGCCGAAUUCCUUGAGUGA